AUGGCAGUUGCGUGGAAUCCAAAUACCUUCAGCAUCAAUAUAAUCAAAUGUACAAGUCAAUUAAUACAUCUUCAAGUCUCUACUUUAGAUGGUAUGAGUUUUCUUGUUACUUUUGUUUAUGCUUUUAGUGAUGAAGAAGGUAGAAUGAUUUUAUGGCAGGAUCUAAAAGCUAUUUCUACUCAAGACCCUUGGGUAGUGAUGGGUGAUUUCAAUGAUGUUUUGGAGCAAGAAGAAAGGAUUGGAAGUCGGGUGAAGACUCUCACUUCUCAUUCUUUUAAAGAUUGUGUUUCACAGUGUCAACUGGAAGAUAUCAAAAGCAGUGGUAAAUUCUUUACUUGGUGUAAUAACCAACAGGAGGAUGACCGCAUCUACUCUAAACUUGAUAGGGUAAUGGCCAAUUGUAAAUGGAUGGAAACAUAUCCGGGAGCUGAAGCCAUUUUCCUAAACGAAGGUGCCUUUGAUCAUUCUUCAGCUCUAGUGAUUUUUCACCAUCUUGCUGUCAAUGGGAGAAAGCCCUUUAGCUAUUUCAAAAUGUGGAUAUCUCACCCUGAAUACUCUAGCCGAUUGCAGCAUAUUUGGCAGCAGAAGGUAUCAGGUACGAAAAUGUACCAGGUGGUGGCUAAGCUUAAAGCAUUGAAGCCGGCCUUUAAGAAGAUAAAUCAAGAGGGGUAUAAUGAUUUGCAAUCGACAGUCAUCAAAGCAGUAUCUGUUUUGGAUAAUUGCCAAAACCAGUUAUCUUUGGACCCUCUAAACCAGGAACUUCAACAAAAGGAAUCAGCAGCAUGA